UUUCUAGUUGAAGAAAUACUGAAGACAAUUUGUUGUGAAAUUGAUUCCGAAGAAUACACAGAUCAUUUUGUUCUAUCAUUUGCUGAUCUGUUAUCUUUUGUUAAUGCACGCGCGCUCUGCGGUCAUAGUUCGGUUUAAGAGUUCACAUGAGACGUAUGCGGCUCCUCGAAAUAGAAUUUUGCGCUCGUUAUUAUUGCGAUGAUGGAUUCACGACACAGAUACGCUGAUGACAAGCAGUAUCAGUACGAGCUGACUAGCGAAGAUAAAGAAUACGUGGCAGCCCAUUUGAACGAGACCGAUGAGAAUAGAGAGCGUGCAAUCGCAGAGAUGAAACGCUGGAUCGAGCAAAACGACGACUUGUGCGCACGAACAGAUGACUUCUUCAUCCUGCAUUUUUUGAGAGUCUGCAAAUUUAACUUAGAGAAAACUAAGACUAGAAUGCGAAAAUAUUAUAAGCAACGACUUGAUUUACCAGAAUGGUUCACGAACAAAAAUCCGUUCCAGCCAGAAAUGCAAGAGCUGCUUAACCUUGGGAUAUUUUUAUUUUUACCAAAGCAAGACGAUCAUAAAAGAAUGGUGAUUAUUAUACGUCAAAAACUAAAUAAUCCGAAUGUACACAAGUUUUCGGACUUGAUCAAGAUCGGCAUAAUGGCUAUGGACGUGAUGAUGAAGGACCACGUUGUACCGUCUUUGUACGGUCUCGCGUUGUUCAUAGACUUGGACGGCAUAACUGCACGUCAUUUGGCACAAUUGAAACCUCGUGCAGUGAUGAACAUAGUUCACUCAUGGCAAAGUUGCUAUCCGAUAAGACUUCGAUCGAUUAAUUUUAUCAACGCGCCGAAAUACGUUCAUUUAGGGGUGGCAAUUUUCAAGUCUUUCAUGAACGAGAAGCUGAAGCAAAGAUUGCACAUUUAUACGCGCGAUGAAACUAUGAUGCACAAAUGCUUCAAAGAUAUUUCGAUUAAUAUCCGACCGCUCGAGUACGGCGGCACCGAUUGUACAGUCCAAGAAGUAAUAGACUAUACAAAGAAAGUAGUCGAAGAAAAUCGCGAUUGGCUUAUCGACAGUGAAAAGUACAAGGUUAUUCCUAAGCAGUAGUUCGAGAUAAGUCACGAUUGAAUUAUAAUUCUACACAUAGAACGCAUAGAAGAAAAAUUAUGAGAAAUCGAAAUACUAAUGAAUCAAUUGAGUGGUGAUGAGACAAUACAGAGCGAAGAGGAAGGAUGUAUUUAUUGUUAAGAUGAUUGAAAUGAUAUGAUUGAAACUUUCCCAAUUUUGUUUAUGUAAGUAAAAUAAAUAUACAUUUUUUAUACACGUGUUUUCAAGCUUUGCCUUUGCGUCACAUAUUUUCGUUGACUAUCGGACAAUUUUUUUCUUCUUUGUCGUCGACGAAUGCUCGAUGGCGCAAUAUUUCUCUUUGACAACAAACGAACAAAGAUUUACACGUAAAAUUGUAUUUUACAAGCGAAGAUUAUUAUGAUUUAUCUAUACAUAAAGUGUAUUAAAAUUCGACAUUAAAAUUUUUACAUAUUAAAAAAAUAUAUUUAUAUAUGUAUACACCUAGAUUUGCAAUCACACGAAUUAUAUACGUCACCAUGUAUCUAACGAUUUGUUCGUAUAUUACAUAAUUUUAAUCAAUUUUGAUGCUGUUCUUGUGUUCAUGCGCAGAAACAUCGUAAAUUCAUUCAUUAGUAAAAAAUAACGAGAUCGCGGAAGCGGAAGGAAAAAAAAUGAUAAUCAUGUCGCGUCAAGGAGUAAUCCGUUUUACUUUAUGUAACGAAAUUUAUCAUAAGUAAAAUAUAACGUGUCGUAUUGUAUUUCGUUAUAUUUCGUUACAUUACGACAAAUUUCGUUAUAUUACAAUAUAAAAUAAUACAAGAAAUAAAAUGGAAUACUCACUGAUCACGCGACAUUUCCUUUUCAUUUCUUCUGCGAUCUCGUUAUGAUAGUUAAAUAAAAGAUAUGUAUUUAAGUCAUGGGCAAGUAAAACUGCGCUAUGAUUUAAUAAACUAUAUUAUAUUAUCUAUAUUAUAACUUAUAAAUUUAUGUGCCUCAACUGCA